AUGCCUCGAGUUUUGGUCUUUGGCGCAACAGGAUAUCUUGGUCAAGCGGCCACUCAAGCGCUUGUGCGGAGCGGCCUGCACACGGUGUAUGGCCUUUGCAGGUCUGCCUCCAAGGCCCAAUCUCUGACAGCGUCUGAAAUCAUACUCGUCAUGUGCGAGGACCCGCUGAACGCAGUUCGAAGUUUCAGGAUCGACGCCGUGGUGGACUGCACUGCCACGUACGGCGACAGCGCCCAAUUCCUCGCCGAUAUCAAAAAGGUCGGGACAAAAGAAGUUGCGGCACCUCCCAAGAUCAGCUUCAUAUACAUUUCCGGCGCAUGGGUCCACGGGAAUUCAGACGGCCCUGUCACCGACAUGGAUCCGGUCGGGGCCAAGUCAGCCCCGACACAGCCGCUGCAUCUUGUGGCGUGGCGACCCGAGCUGGAGCGAAAGGUCUUGGCUGCCUGA